AUUCAGUUUUUCUGUUGAUACAAACCACAGAACAUGUCUACCUUCGCCUUUUACCUUCUCUGCCUCCAAGCUUGCUUGAUCCAGAAUGUGUUCACCCAGUGUCAUGGUUCUCAUGGAUCUGGAAUUGCUGUACCAAUCAGCCGAGAGUGUGGCCUCAUCAGUACAGGCUGUUCCCGUGGCUUUGCCGGUCUAAAUGGUGCUACACUCUCCUCUCCACAAUCUGCUUCACUUGUUGGUUCUUCCACUGCUGCCUACGGUGGCACUGGUGUUGGUGAUGUAGCCGUCGCUGGAGAGAUGGGUGUCGGUGGUACCACUCUAGUCGCAGGUCAAGUGCCUAUACUCGGUGCUGUAGAGUUCUGCGGUACAGUGCCUGCUUCCGGAGCUGUCUCCAUCACUGGUAGCUGUGGUUGUGGAUGUCACAAUUCUCACAUUUAUUAAAUUCCUUGACAAUACUAGCUGUGAAAUGAAUGAAAUUAAUAAAAGCCUC